UGUUCUGCCUGGCACUGCGGGAGAGAGAAUGUGAAGCAGCACAGAUUGGCAAUUUGUGACGCUGUUACAGUCACCGUGGCGAUCACGAGGGGACACGUGGACGGGCCACUUUCGCAAUGCCCCGGCCCGGGAUGCCAACGCCAUCAUCGCUUCUCUGCUUCUUACAGCGAGGCCGACGGCGGGAUUCCCUGCUUCUCUGCGGCUGGGGUCUUAACUGUUUUUCUGUCUCCAGCAUGAAGCCAAGAUAAUUCUAGCAUUUAACUCGGAGAAGAGUGUCUUACCAGACCAUCGCUUGAGCAAAGUUCAUUCUUCAACCAUUGGGAAUCCUUAAUUGAAGCCCGGAGCAUUUCUACGUCAAACACCACCAAAGAAACAUCAAUUGAUGGAUCUUUGAAAACCAAGUAUUGGGAUUUUUCUGAGACUGUGAUGGAAUGCAGAGAUGGACCGCAGGAUCUGACACGCGCACAACGUGGAGGGAGUUUUCACAGGAGGAGAGAUCACACAGUCUUCGGUGUCAGUCUGGUUUUGGCGGGCUGAGCUGUGACCACCGCCACGCUCGACAAUGCAGACCUUCUACCAGCCCCGCCACGCCAUCCGUCACCCGUCAGGUCUCCAGCUGAACCCCACCCGCAUGCAGCGCCGCGUCCUGGAGGACCAAGUGGAGCUGUGGUGGUUCCGAGAGCCACGCCGCUCCCUGUUGUGCUACUGCGCCUCUGUGGCCCUCGUACUGGGCCUGGGCCUCGGCGGCGUGGGCCUCCUCUCCACCACCGACAGCCUGUCCGGGGAGUGGCGCCUCGGCGUGGGGACCACCCUCUGCCUCUUAGCCCUGGCGGUUCUGCUCAAGCAGCUUCUAAGCUCUGCCGUCCAGGACAUGAACUGCGUGCGCAGCCGGCAUCGCAUCGACCAGCUGAAGAGCGGCGGCAGGGCCGACCCGGCGCUGAUGUUGGCCGUGGGGCUGGCGGUGACGCUCUGCGGCGCGGUGCUGCUCUGCGUGGCCACGAUCGGCAGUCAGGGUCGCGACGGCGAGGAGAUGUUGGUGUCCAGCCUGGUGCUGAUGGCCGCCGGGGCAGGCAUGUCUCUGGCUGUAGCGGGCUACGCCGCCAUCCUCUACUUUAAAAGAAGAAGGGAGCAGAGGAGGCGGGUGGCGCUGAGAAUGAGCAGAGCGAGGAGGCCGGGGGGACGAACUGUCAGGGUGUUCAGUGUCUCUGAAGGACAGAUGAGUCAGGCCAUGAGGGAGACCUCCUCCAGCAGGACCAGCCUUAUCUGAACGAAAUAAAUGAGCUUUUUCCCCCAGAGGAAAAGUAUCAAAGAGUGAACUGAAGAUCAUCGUCGCUGUCUUCCUCCUCCUCCUCCUCCUCCUCCUCCUCCUCCUCUUUGCCUCUCUCCCUCUCUGCCCUUUCUUUCUCACUGGCCUGGAUGUAGUUAUCCUCGAUGAAGCCAU